AUGAACAUCAUCGUUAUUUUCCUUCUUUUCGCAUCAACUGUUGCCACGAACUACGAUAUUUUGGAGAGCGGAUUGAAAGAGUUCAAACGAGAUGACCAUUUGGUAAUCAAUCAACUGAAAGACAAUGAAGUGGAGCAUCCGGAACUGGUAAUGCUUCCAACUCGUGCUGCAAGAGUUCGCGGAAGCAAGAAACAUUUUUGUGGAAGACGUCUCGCCGGAUUCAUCUUUGCUACUUGUGGAGAAUGUGAACCAGGAUUCAAUGAGGACAUUUCACUCUUAUGCUGUAUCAGACAAUGCGACAUUCAAGACGUCAUCGAAGCAUGCUGUCCAAAUAUCCAAUGA